AUGGAUGGAGAAAUGCUCAAACUCAGAGGUGCCAAGUGGAAAGAAGUAAAAGGGACGGGUUACUCGUGGGUCAUGAUUACCAGUGAGCCAAAGAAAGACAACGGCAGUUUUGUGGUUUCAAGCAAAGGCAACACCUUCGGGCUGUACAGCAUCGGGGUAACCCAGGAGAACGGAUAUGGUGCACCGGGACAAUGCAUUAAAGAAGGUUUUUCCUUUUCUUGUGAAAUGUUGUCGUGCCAGACUGGUACAGUGUGUGAGAUGCUGAAUGGCCUUCCCAAGUGCGUACCUGAGCCCACAGAGCUCACCACCUGCUGGGCGAUGGGGGAUCCACACCACAGAACAUUUGAUGGACAACGUUUUGACUUCAUGGGCACGUGCACAUAUGUCAUGGCUAAAAACUGUGGAGCGAGAGGUCUUCCAGCGUUUGAGGUUCUGGCUCAAAAUGAAAACAGAGGCAACCGCAAAGUGUCCUUCGUUGGACUGGUCGUGGUGACGGUGUACAAUACGACUAUUACGGCAGUACGCUCAGAGACGGGCUACGUCAGGAUUGACCAAACUUCUUGGGCAUUGCCUAUCACCCUGAAUAAUGGAACACUGAUGAUUUCUCAAAGUGGUCGUUCAGUGCUUAUUGAGACUGACUUUGGGCUGAAUGUGCGCUAUGACUGGCAUCACUCACUGGUUGUAGGCCUGCCUAGUUCUUACAAAGGAUAUACAUGUGGCCUUUGCGGAAACUUCAACGGGAACUCCAGCGAUGACUUUGCAACUCCUUCAGGCAGCCAGGCAGGGAGCGUGGUGGAGUUUGGCAGCAGCUGGAAAGUACCUGGCCCCAUGGACGAUGCCCACUGCAGAGAUGACUGUGUGGGUGGAUGUCAAGAGAAGUGCGAGCACAAGCUGCUGCACAUAUGGGAAGGAAACUCUUUCUGUGGAAUAAUCACAAUGGCGGGAAAAAAUGGGCCGUUCAGUCAAUGCCACAGGUUAGUGGACCCAGAAGCGUACUUUGAGAGCUGUACAUUUGACGUGUGCAUAGGAUUGGGGCAGCGUCUGUUGCUGUGCAAAGCUCUGGAGGCCUAUGCUGAUGCAUGUCAAAGUGCAGGAGUGGAGGUCUACGACUGGAGGACCAUAGCCAGAUGCCCUGCUAAAUGCCCUCGCAACAGCCACUAUGAGCUCUGUGGAAGCGCGUGCCCAGCCACCUGCUCUGACCCAGCUGCGCCCUCCAAAUGCAGACGCCCGUGUAUUGAGAGCUGCACAUGCGACGAGGGCUUCUUGUGGAGUGGAAAACAGUGUGUCCCAGAGAAGCAAUGCGGCUGCAGCUACAAUGGCCGCUACGUUCCAGCCGGGAAGGCGUUUUGGGCGGAUGAGGGCUGUCGCAAAAGGUGCACCUGUGACCCCAAAAACCAUGAGGUGCAGUGCAAAGAUAGAGGUUGCAAGAAGGGAACGAAAUGUCAAGUUUUGGAUGGCAUCAGCAAGUGUGUGGCUGUCUCCGUCAAUACAUGUCAGGCCACAGGUGACCCUCACUUUAAAGGUUUUGACGGGAAAAGGUUCAAUUUCCAAGGCACAUGCGUGUAUCGGCUAGCUGCACUGUGCUUCGAGGAUCCGGAAUUGGAGCCUUUUGAAGUAAAUGUGCAGCUGGAGAACAGGGGCAAAAGAAAAGCUGUUUCCUUCACGAAGAUGGUUGAAGUGAAGGUCUACUCCUUCCGCAUUGUCAUUUCAAGGACACAUAAAGGAAUCGUCAUGGUAAAUGAUGAGUUUGUGAACCUUCCAAUCAGUCUUCAAGAUGGAGAAGUGACUGUUCACAAAAGUGGGUGGUAUGCAGUCAUCAGCACAAGCUUUGGCUUGGAGGUCAAAUUUGACUGGAAGAGUGCGGUUUUCGUCACUCUUAGCAGCGACUACAAGGGAGCUGUGUGCGGUCUUUGCGGCAAUUACAACGAUAUACCACAGGACGAUCUUAUUCCUAAAAACGGUAACAAACCUGUCGAACCGGCAGUCUUCGGCGCCAGUUGGAGAGUGGCGGAGAUCCCAGGAUGCCUCGACACUUGUGAAGGGGAGUGCCCAGACUGUGACAUAACUGAGAAGGAUAAAUAUGAGACCAAUGAUUAUUGCGGAAUUAUCAAAGAUCCCAGAGGUCCCUUCCGCGAUUGCCACGCCCAAGUAGACCCGGCCGACGCCUUUGAAGACUGCGUGUUUGACGUGUGCACGUUUGAAGGGACACAAGAUAUUCUGUGUCAGGCCAUUACCGCCUACACUUCUGCAUGUCAAGAAGUAGGAGCCAAAGUCUACAGCUGGCGUACCGAGCAGUUCUGUCCAAUAAAGUGUUCGGCCAUCAGCCACUACGAAGUGUGUGCGGAUACUUGUCCCGCAACCUGCCCAAGUCUGGCCCCUCCCCGUGGCUGUCAUCUCCCAUGCAUGGAGGACUGUGUCUGUGAUGAAGGCCACAUCCUCAGCGGAGACAUCUGUGUACCCCUCUCACACUGUGGUUGUGAGCACGAAGACCGCUACUACCACAUCGGAGAAGUUUUCUUCCCCAAUGGAAUGUGUGAGGAAGAAUGCCAGUGUGUGUUUGAGGAAACAACAAUGGUUGUAUGUAAGCAGUUCCUUUGUGGCCCUAAUGAAGAGUGUGCAGUUAAAAAUGGUGUCCGGAAGUGUCACCCGGUUGGGGAGGGCGUGUGCCGUGCCUCCGGUGAUCCCCACUACAUCACUUUAGACGGGAAGAAGUUGGACUUUCAAGGAACCUGCACUUAUGUUCUGUCCCAAAGCUGUGGCAUCGAAGGCACAUACCUCACACCUUUUUCAGUCAAUGUGGAGAACGAAGGGUGGAAACGGAAUGGGAGAGUGUCAGUUACGAAGCUUGUUGCUGUGAAUGUCUAUGGAAAAACUAUCAUCAUGAAACAUAAAACAUUUAAAGUUCAGGUGGAUGGAAUCUACAACAAUGUCCCAAUAAAUAUAAAUCAGGGUGCAGUACUUAUCUUCAAGGAGGGGACCCAUUAUGUGAUUGAGACGGACUUUGGGCUGAGAGUGAGUUAUGACCUCCGAUACAGUGUUGUUGUGACGGUACCUGGUAAUUAUCAGGAGAAGGUUUGUGGUCUGUGCGGUAACUUCAAUGGCAAUCCCGAAGAUGACUUUCAGCUUCCAAACAAAGAACUCACUACUGAUGUGAACAACUUUGGAAAUUCAUGGAAAGUAAACAUUCCAAAUGUUUUGUGCUCAAAUGGCUGUGAAGGAAAUCAGUGUCCUGUCUGUGACAAACUCCAUGAAGCUGUGUUCUCCAAAUACGCCUACUGUGGCAUAUUGACAGCGCCCAAAGGUCCUUUCGCCAGCUGCCACAGUAUACUGGACCCUAAGCAGUUCUUUGAGGACUGUGUGUUUGACGUGUGUGCGGCGAAUGGAGAUGAAAGUGUGCAAUGUGACAGUGUAGCGGCCUAUGCUUUCAGUUGUCAGAAGGCAGGAGUGGCUAUACAAAUCUGGAGGUCUCCUUUCUUCUGUCCAAUGAAGUGUCCGGCCAACAGCCACUAUGAGCUAUGUGCGGACUUGAGUGGUGUGGCCUGUUCGGGACUCGCAGAAAUAGUGCCGUUUAACACUGGCUGCAGAGAGGGCUGUGAAUGUGACACCGGUUUUGUGUUCAAUGGAGAGACAUGUGUCAAAGCGGAUAAAUGUGGCUGCUCUGAUGGGCAAAGAACAUACAAGCCUGGUCAACUGUUUUAUAAUGAAGACUGCUCCAAAAAGUGUGUGUGUAAUCCGGUGAAAGGACUGGUUUGUGAAGACCACUUGUGUCCUCAAGGCACCACAUGUUCUGUGAAGAAAGGCAUUGUGGGAUGCUACGACAAAGAUCCCUGCAAAAAUGCAAACUGCCGCAUAAAAGAAAAGUGUCUUGUUGAAAAGGAUGAAGCUGUGUGUGUGCCAGCUUUCACCGAAGUCUGCCGCGCCUGGGGUGACCCACACUAUAUCACUUUUGAUAACUUAAACUUUGACUUCCAAGGGACAUGCCAAUAUGUCAUCUCUGAAACCUGUGGAAACCUGGACGGUCUGGUUCCUUUCUCAAUCACAGAGAGAAAUGACAAUAGAGGAAACCAAGCCGUUUCAUCUGUGGCAGAUGUGGAAGUGUCUGUGUAUGGAUAUAGUAUCAUUGUGCACAAGAACCAAGUCGGCAAAGUCACUGUUGAUGGAGAGCUCUUUAAUCUGCCAGUGGUUUUGGGUGAGGAGAGCUUAGUGUCUAUAUCGCAACAAGGACAUCAAAUCAAAAUCGAAACUGUCUUUGGCCUCCUUGUUACUUACGACUGGAACCACGAACUUAUUAUCAAGCUCCCGAGCUCUUACUACAACCUGAUCUGUGGUCUGUGCGGCAACUUCAAUGAUGACUACCGCGACGACAUGCAGAACCCAGCCGGAGAGUUGUUGUCCAAUGUUGUGGAUUGGGCAAAAAGCUGGAGAACUCCCAAUCAAAAGGACAGCAAAUGCAGUGACACGUGCCAGCGCUACUGUCCAACUUGUAAUGAUAAGCAACGAAAGGUUUAUGAGACAGAAGGCUUGUGCGGAGCCCUCUUUGCCGAUAAUGUGUUUGAGAUAUGCCAUGAAAAGGCUGAUCCAAAACCUUUCCUGGACAGCUGUGUGUUUGACAUGUGUAUGAACAAGGGGGACAAGAAGAUACUUUGUCAGGCGCUGGCCUCCUACAUUCAGCAAUGUCGUGACAAGGGAGUCAUAAUCAACGAUUGGAGAAAGAAAGUUUGCUGUCCAAUGAACUGCCAGCCCCACAGUCACUUUGAGGAAUGUGCCAGCCCGUGCCAGCCGACCUGCCCCUUCCCAGAGCAGCAGCAGAUCUGUGCCACCGUUUGUGUGGAGACCUGUGUGUGCGAUAAGGGCUAUGUCCUGAGCGCCGGCGUGUGCGUCCCAGAAGCAACUUGCGGCUGCUCCUAUCAGGGGCGCUACUACAAACCAGGCCAGCGCUUCUGGGAAGGCCCGGGCUGUGGGCGCCUCUGUGAGUGUGACACGACUCUGGGGAUGGUGGUCUGCAAUGAGGCUUCAUGCGCGGACAAUGAGGAGUGCUCUGUGGUGGAUGGGAUCCGCGCUUGUCGGCCCACAAGCUCUGCCACAUGCACAGCAGACCCUCACUACGUUAUGUUUGACGGCCGUAAAUUUAACUUCCAGGGUACGUGUAAAUAUCAACUGGCGGCGUUGUGUGUGAAGAACCGGGCUUUGGAGCCAUUUAAAGUCACCGUGCAGAAUGAAAACAGAGGCAACAACUUAGCCGUGUCCAUCACCAGAACUGUGAUCAUCGAGAUGUACGGAGUCACUAUCAUCAUCAGUCGAGAGUUCACCAAUAAAAUACUUCUUGAUGGUCAGCUCGAGGACUUGCCCCUGCAGUACAGCGAUGACCUGUGGGUGUCACGCAGAGGUAAAAAAGCGGUGGUCGAAACAGCAGCUGGUAUCACUAUCACCUUUGACUGGCACCACCGUGUCUCUGUGACUCUGCCAAGCAAGUACCAGGGUGUCGUAUGCGGUUUAUGUGGAAAUUACAAUGGAAAUCCCAAGGAUGAUUUCAACAAGCCCAAUGGCGAGGCUGCUGAUACUGAAGUCCAGCUGGGGGAGAGCUGGAAGGUUGGCGAUCUGCCGGGCUGCUUAUCAGUGUGCCAGGGGCCAAGGUGCAGUCACUGCGAUGGCUCCCAGAAAGAUGUGUACAAAGUGGAGAAAUACUGUGGCAUUAUUGCGGACAAGACGGGGCCGUUCAAAGAGUGCCACAGCCGCAUUAAUAAUGCCCCAUAUCUGGAGGACUGUGCGUUUGAUGCGUGUCAGUAUGAUGGGCACCACGGCUCUGUGUGUGAUGCCAUCGAGGCUUAUGUGUCCGCCUGUCAGAGCGCAGGGAUAGAGGUGCGCCCAUGGAGGACGGACGAAUUUUGUCCGAUGUUGUGCCCCGCUAACAGCCAUUACACCCUCUGUGCCACGAGCUGCCCCGCCACCUGUGCCAUCUUCUCCCAGAGGAACUGCAACAGACCAUGUGCAGAAACGUGUGAAUGCGACAAUGGCUUCCUGCUGAGUGGGGGAGCCUGUGUGCCCAUCAAUGACUGCGGCUGCUCCUACGGCGGACACUAUUACCAGAGCGGUGCUGUCUUUUAUCCAGACGACAAAUGUGUGGAGAAGUGUGUCUGCGGAGAAAAUGGCGCUGUUUUAUGUCAAAAAACGAAUUGCCGUUUUGGUGAGAUGUGUAAACUGGUGGAUGGUGUCAAAGGCUGUCAUCCUGUGAGGGAGGCGUGGUGCGUGGCUUCCGGAGAUCUGCAUUACCAGACCUUUGAUGGCCACAGGUUUGACUUCCAGGGUUCAUGCGUUUAUAUUCUGGCUAAAGUGUGUGAUGAUGACGAAGGCCAACUGACGUCAUUCACUGUGACGCAAGGAAAUGAGAAACGGGGCAAAGGAAACAUGGCGGUCACAAAGUCGGUGGGAGUUGAAGUCUAUGGUUUUGUCAUCUAUAUUCAGCGAGGAGACAGCUGGAAAGUCAAAGUGAACGAUGAACUUGUCAAUCUGCCUACGACCCUACAUGACAGUCGCAUCCAAAUAACCCAAGAGGGACGCAACAUCAUAAUCAGAACUGACUUUGGUUUGACAGUUCAGUACGAUACCGUCUUUCACGUCAAAGUCAUCGUACCGUCUACAUAUCUUGGAAGAAUGUGUGGUCUUUGUGGCAAUUACAACGAUAUCCCCAAAGAUGACUUCUUACUGCCGGAUGGAAAAUAUACUGAAGAUGUCGAAAUGUUUGGAAAGGCAUGGGUCGUGGAGCUCCCUGGUUUUGAAUGUGGAGGUUGCGGAAGCCAAUGUCCAGUGUGUGAUCCAGCUAAAGCAGCAGAAUUAGCGAAGCGGGACUCCUGUGGUAUCAUAAAAGCACGGAAUGGGCCUUUCAAAGCGUGCCAGCGCGGGAUUAAUCCAGAAACGCAUGUUUCAAACUGCGUCUUUGAUGUUUGUGGGAUGACGGAAGAUAAGGAUGCUCUGUGCGACAGCAUCAUGGCCUACGCUCUGGCCUGUCAGAGUGCUGGAGUUCAGAUUCAACAGUGGAGGACCGACUCCUUCUGCCCUGCUUUGUGCCCAGAGAACAGCCACUAUGAGCUGUGUGCAGACACCUGUGGACGCUCCUGUGUUGGACUCCUGAAAGCGGUGUCCUGCUCUGAGAACUGCUUUGAAGGAUGCCAGUGUGACCAGGGGUUGGUGUUUGAUGGGGAACAGUGUGUUUCUCCCAGCAAAUGCGGAUGUCUACAUGGCGAUAGAUAUCUAAAGGUCGGUGAAUCGGUCGUCGACCCUCAAUGCCAGUCCUCAUGUGUGUGUCAGGCGCCUGGAAUAGUCAAAUGUGAAAAGAAAUUAUGCGGCAGCUCUGAGGUCUGUGAGGUCCGCGACGGUGUGAGGGACUGCCACCCAACUCAAGGCCAGUGCAGCAUCAACGACGCAGUUUACCUCAUCACUUUCGACGGCUUGACGGGACCCAUGGGGGAUCUGGGGGCCUUCGAGGUGGCCUCCCUGUGCGACGUCACUGAUGCGCGCUGGUUCAAGGUGGUGGUGGACGUGCGCAGCUACAGGAUGGGCAUUCAGAUCGUAGACACAGUCAAUGUGUUCUUCAAAAACAACAGCAUCACAGUGAAUGGUCAACAGGAAGUUCUGGUGAAUGGCGAACAGACGUCCCUCCCAGCAAAACUGGACUGUGAUGUUACCGUGCACGUAUCUGAGAACAGUGUGGUCGUAGAGAAGACCUCCGUCAUCCUCGUCACCUUCUCACUCUCGCGGGAGGGUGACCGCCAUGGAUCUGACCGAAGUGGUGCUGUCGUGGCGUGGGUGAGACUUCCCAAAAUGUGGCCUCGAGACCUGAAAGAGAUAACGAGGAGCAUUAUUAGUUUAGAGGACCACGUUAUGAAGGCUCUGGGAAAGGUGCUUCUGCUGGCUUGGCUUGGGACUUUCACUGGUUUGGACCAACGGCACCAUCUUGUGGUGAAGGGAUCCCAAAGCCUCACCCCACCCCCCAUCCUCACUCCCGAAGGCUCCAAUAAGAAGUUAGCUUUAAAAGUCACAGCGCACGUCAGCAGCAACAGCAGUCCCAGGGAACCCCAACACUACACUGAGAAAGCAAUCGGUACAAUGGAGCUUGUGUUGUUGCUGGUCAGCGCCUGGGCAGCUCCGGCUUUUGUUUUGGCUGCAGACGACGACGACAGCGCUUUUAAUUACGACUACGAGUCCCUGAGGAUCGGAGGCCUGGUUUUUGCUGUGGUACUUUUCAUCUUGGGUAUCGCUCUCAUUGUCAGCCGCAAAUGCACUUGUUCAAAGUCCAGACCCAGAGGGGCAGACCCAGAGUCAGCAGGCCCGAGAGCUUAA